GGCAGGCUGCAAGAGCGGGUGGACGCCGGAAUCUGGCUUUUGUUAUUGGUUGGCUGCGGCCUGAUGGAUGGUCCAGGGCGGAGUGAGCUCUUCUCAGUGUGUUCCGCCGGAGCCCAAGUGCAGAGACCGUAUUUACAGGUCCAUGUGACAGCUAUGAGUGGAAUUUUAAAGGGGACGUUUGAAGAAGCUGACAGAGCCUCACUCCGCUCUUCUGUGCAGGAAUCAAAUGAUGACGUUUUUAGCUGUGACAGUGUUGAGAGUCUUGAUAGUGUCAAUCUGUCCGCACCUGAUCAUUUACCCGAAAAAAUAAGAGGAUAUCAGCCGACUGAAAAAGUGUUUUCAGAAGCAUAGACUCCAGAGGAUACUGCAGUUGAUGAGGUCUCAAGGUACAUGUGACAACGCUGCAGCUAUGAGUGGAAUUCUAAAGAGGAAGUUUGAAGAUGUUGACGCCUCCUCACCCUGCUCCUCGGCUCGGGAAUCAGAUGAUGAGGUCUCCAGCAGUGAGAGUGCCGACAGUGGGGAUAGUGUCAAUCCGUCCACGUCUAGUCAUUUCACCCCUUCCUCCAUCCUCAAAAGGGAAAAACGGCUGAGAACGAAGAAUGUGCAUUUCAGCUGUGUCACCGUGUACUACUUCACCAGGAGGCAGGGCUUCACCAGUGUGCCCAGCCAGGGGGGCAGCACUCUGGGGAUGUCCAGCCGUCAUAACAGCGUGCGCCAGUACACCCUGGGCGAGUUUGCAAGAGAGCAAGAGCGGCUGCACCGGGAGAUGCUGAGAGAGCACCUCAGGGAAGAAAAGCUCAACUCUCUAAAACUAAAGAUGACUAAGAACGGCACAGUAGAAUCUGAAGAAGCAAGCACUCUGACAGUGGACGACAUUUCCGAUGACGAUAUUGAUUUAGACAACACAGAAGUAGACGAAUACUUCUUCCUUCAACCCCUGCCCACAAAAAAACGGAGAGCCCUGCUGCGAGCCUCUGGGGUGAAGAAGAUUGACGUGGAAGAAAAACACGAGCUGCGAGCCAUCCGCUUGUCGCGGGAGGACUGCGGCUGUGACUGCAGGGUGUUCUGUGACCCGGAAACAUGUACCUGCAGCCUGGCAGGCAUUAAGUGUCAGGUGGAUCGUAUGUCUUUCCCAUGUGGCUGCACUAAAGAAGGCUGCAGUAACACAGCAGGUAGAAUUGAAUUUAAUCCUAUCCGUGUCCGGACUCAUUUUUUGCACACAAUAAUGAAACUUGAACUGGAGAAAAACCGAGAGCAGCAAAUCCCCACGCUGAACGGCUGCCACGGUGAGAUAAGCACCCAUAGUACCUCCAUGGGCCCUGUUGCUCACUCUGUAGAAUAUUCCAUCGCAGACAAUUUUGAGAUUGAAACCGAACCCCAGGCUGCAGUGCUGCACCUUCAGGAGGAAUUGGAUUGCCAAGGAGAAGAGGAGGAGGAAGAGGAGGAGGAGGAGGAUGGGAGCAGUUUCUGCAGCGGAGUCACUGACUCUAGCACACAAAGCCUGGCUCCCAGUGAGUCAGACGAGGAAGAAGAGGAAGAGGAGGAGGAGGAGGAAGAGGAGGAAGAUGACGAUGAUGAGAAGGGAGACAGCUUUGUAGAAGGGCUCGGAGCCCAUACUGAAGUGGUUCCUCUUCCUUCGGUCCUUUGUUACUCGGACGGCACGGCAGUUCAUGAGAGCCACACAAAAAAUGCUUCGUUUUAUGCUAGCUCCUCAACUCUAUACUACCAAAUAGAUAGUCACAUCCCAGGAACUCCUAGCCAGAUCUCUGACAACUAUUCUGAAAGAGAUACUGUCAAAAACGGUGCCCUUUCGCUGGUGCCUUAUGCCAUGACCCCAGAGCGGUUUGUUGACUAUGCCAGACAAGCAGAAGAGGCCUAUGGGGCCUCCCACUACCCAGCUGCCAAUCCUUCUGUCAUCGUUUGCUGCCCCACAUCUGAAAAUGAUAGCGGGGUGCCCUGUAACACCUUAUAUCCUGAGCACAGGUCCAAUCUUCCUCAAGUGGAAUUUCACUCAUACUUGAAAGGCCCUUCCCAGGAAGGGUUUGUCUCCACAUUGAAUGGCGACAGCCACAUUUCAGAGCACCCUGCAGAAAAUUCUUUGAGCCUUGCAGAAAAAAGCAGAUUGCAUGAGGAGUGCAUCAAAUCCCCCGUGGUGGAGACAGUCCCCGUUUAGUUGCUUAAAUUAUUCUAUUACAAGGCCAAGUCUUCUAUUUAAGGCACUGUAUUGCAUUUCCUGGGCUCUUUGUUCUCUCACCUGAAGACCAAGAAAAUACAGACUGUGAUUAUUCUUCCAGACAGUGUUUCCUUCUUUCCUUUCUAGCUUCCCACCUGUGGCGUGGCACAAAUACAGUCUCUAUGGGGAUUUUAAACGAUUUUGAACUGUUUUGAUAGAAAAUGCUAAAUUGAAAAAAAAAAAAAAAAAGCCUAUCUCACAGUUGCCUACCUGUCAAACUGUGGGAAACCUGCCAAGCUAUGCAGAUCAUAGCUCCAAGUUUUAGAUAAUCGGGCUUGUGCAAGAUUGUUCACUAAGACUUAAAAAAAAAAAAUCAGAUUUAGAGUCCUAAUUUUCGAUAUAUCUGAAGAGGAUGGUGACUUUUUCAUGUAAAAGUAAUUAUUGUAAAAAAAAGAUUGACUUGUUUCUUGUGUAUUUUAUUUACGGUAGUUUAGAAGUUUUGCUUUGAUGAAAACGAACAGCAUGUUCACUGAAGCUGCGGAUGUGUUAGCUAGCACCACAGAGCAUGCCCACAGGAUUGCAUCUGGAAUCCACCCACGUUUUUACUAUCAUGACUGAGCAGAUUUGCAAAUACUUUCUUAAGGAUGAAAUAGGCCUAUUUUUGCUAUUUGGGACAAAUGAGUCAAUAUGUGCAGGUCCUUAUGCAGUUUUCUCUAAAGUUAAGAGUUGGGACAAUCCUCUGGUGAGGGUCCAGUUCACUGCCCUCCCUCAGCUGAGACAGAGGGAAUGGCCUUUCUUUUUUAAACAGUGUCAUCUUGUUUAUUAGCUUGGCCAGCACCUUUAAACUCUACCCCCUCCAUCAAAAUGCACUUUAGUGCCCUUUCAUGGUACCUCAUGUGGGAUGGGGUCUCAGAACGCUUUGAAGUAAAAAUUGUUUAAUUAUAAAAGGGUAAACAUUAUAAGCUUCAUACACUAGAGAUAGAGGGUUCUUCCAAUGACAUGAAGGCAAAUGACUUGUUUUCUUUCGCCGCUCCUAGGACCUAACUGAGUCCUAACACAGAGAAGGCUUGGGGAAAACAAAAGAAAACAAAAAACAAAACAAA